AUGGAGCAGGACGUGUUCGACGUGUUGGAAAGGCUGUGGGUGACGGAGGCAUCACCGCAUCCUAGGAGAGCUUGGGAGAAGGGCAUAGCAGCUAUUGCCAGGCUGUUGAAAAAACAGCCGACACUUCCAUGCAAAGUCUUGGGAGGGCAGUGGACGCAAGAGGAGUUGGACAGAGGGGUGCUCCUGCCUAGGCAGCAUUGCCCUUUUGACGGAUGCGUGUGGAGGGGGGAGAAGGUAGAUGAGCUUUUAGCCCAUGUAAGGGAGGACCAUUACACCAGGGAAUUGCAAGAUGCCGUUGCAUCCUUGGGCGGAGUGGCUUUCCAAGCUACGUUGUAUACUGUGCUGAACUCAGCUGUGAGUGUGGUCUGCCAGCAGCGACCCCCAGUGGUUUCCCUUGCGCAGGAUCGGCGUGCAUUGAAAGUAUUUCAUGAGAGCAUAAGCCAUUCAGAAUUGCAAGGCUUGAUUUGUUUCUGCUGUGGAUGUGUGCAUCCGCACCUUCCGGGGGAGGCGAGGCAGAAGGUGGCGUGGAAGCGAGCUGGUCCAGCAGGGACUGGGAGGGAUGUGGUGUUGGAGACUUUUCUGGGGCUGAACAAGCAGCAGGUAGAGGAUUUCUUCGGUAUUGACACGUAUCUGAAGCAAUUUGGCAAUCUGGGCCCUGGCUUUCCAAAUUUGCGGGAUGCUGUGUGGCAAGGCGAACUGGAAGAAUGGCAGUGCACCCUGAGGUUUGAAGAGGGGGAGGUGCGGAUUCUGUGCAACGCAGAAGAUCGGCGAUGCGAAUGCGAACAUGGGGACGAUUGGCCGGAUGUAUGUCCGCAAUGUGAAAUUCCCAUUUGUUUCUCAUGUCAAAAGGCAUUGCAGAGCAGGCCGCAGCAGAUGCCGGUAAGGGCUUUGAGCAAGAAUCUUUGGACAGGAUUUGCCGCACCAGUGCUGGCGGAGGAGAACGUGAGCUACUUGGAGGCGAUCCUAGCAUCCCCGUGCAUGCUGAGUUUGGUUUGUUUUUCAUUGGAGACACGUUAUGGCAAUGUGAUCUUGGAAGAAGCGCAGCACCAGAGAUUCCGUGUUGGAGCGAGAGGCAAUAUCACGCUUUUCCCGUUGCCGUUGGAAGACAUUUUUCAGGAGCUGCAGCGGCAGGCCGUGGAAGGCAUGAAGUUGCCAUGGGUGGGGAGGGAAAUUGCGCACGCUGUGCGGGUUGUGCUGCGCACCAGUGAAGUGACAGACGCACGGGUUAUUGCGCAGGCAAGAGUGCGCAGAGAUAUAGUUGUGAGGCUGCUAGAGGAUGCCGUCCGAAGGCAGCACCCAGCAUAUGGCAACGUGCGGAUGGAGGAUGUCUUGAGGAAAGCUGAAGGGUUCCCUGCGGAUGGUGUCUUGGAAGAGUUGGUGUCGUUGGCUAGACGAAGUCAAUCUUUUGUGGAGAAUCUGCAAGCGGCAAAGCAUGGCACGCCUCCAUUAGGUGAGAGAGAAAAAGAAAAGGCGUUUGAAUCUUUGCGCCCAACAGCGGUGACCUGCACGAGGAAUGCAUAUGAAGAGGUUUGUGCAGGGGAAGCCGAUGGGAGAGCAUGGCAGGGGGUAGCCGCUGCUGUACGAGGGGAGGAGAUGCACGUCUUCACUGGAAGCCGGGCCGGGGGUGUGGAGAGAAUGCUUUGGAUGGCAGGAAGGAGGGGAAGGGGUGGGCCCCUGCAGGCCUUUCCGUUUGUCUUCAAGGCGCAGGUAGCGAUGCCGGAUAUGGAGGAGCAGCAGCAUGGGUAUCGGCGGAGGCGGCGUCGAAUUGCUGUGGAAUUGGCAGAGUUCACGGAGCUAAUGGGGCACCGCUGUGAACAUCAAUUUGGUGGGGAUUGGUGCUUUUCGUAUGUCCGCUGGAAUUAUUUGUUCAGGCAGCAGUUGCACCGGGCGAAAGGCUUGUCCUUACGGAGGCUAGGUGGGGGAGAAGAAGGUGACGAAGGGAACUUGCGAGGAGAAGAGCUCAAGAAUGCCGCUUGUGAGAUCAGUGAAGGAUUGUCAGGGAAGUACGUGGGGAGCGAUGGUCAGCUGAGGCCUGUGGGGGGAGACCUCAACAAAGUGGCAUACAUACCAGGAAUCUCGAAAGGGGCCUUGCGACUGCUGCAGGAGGCCAGGCAUAUCAUGGGCAAGUUGCCGGGGACAACAGGGGUGAGAACAUUCAUGAGGUAUCGAGCUAAGGCCUUGCAAGUGGCAUAUGGUGUGCCUGUGUUUGUGACUUUGAGUCCAGCAGAGAAACACAACUAUUUGAUGCUGCGUUUGGCUAGAUGGUGCAGGAAAGACCCAGCUGUGAGGAAAAAUCCCGCCUUGCAGAAAGUGGCAGGUCGGUUGCAGCCAGGAAGUAGGGAUGAAAGCCCAUGGCCAGCAUUCGAGGAGAGGCGACAGGUGUUGGCAUUGAAACCGGCAGCGGCUGUGCUUGGGUUUCGGGUGCACAUCCUCCUGCUAUUGAGAGGCCUGUUUGGUCUGCGUACCUGCUUGUUUUGCCUGGCUUGCCAAGCGCAGAGGGACGCAGAAGCCUUUUGCAGUGACUUGGCAGGCAACGCAGCAGAGCUGGGUGGCGGUGCUUUUGGUCGAUGUGCUGCGGCGUUCUUCAGCAUUGAGAGUCAGAAGUCAAGCGCUUUGCAUGUGCAUGGUUUUGUUGUGAUAGAAGGUUUGCAGCAAGUGGCUACACUGCAGGAGAUGAGCAAGAGGAUUGAAAGAGAGGGCAAGGAGAUAGUGGAGGCUUUUGUACGCUUCAAGCAGCAUGUUUGCAUGCAGCAGCAUGCGGUGCCAGCGAUGUGGAGUGAGGAAGAGAGGGCACGGGUGGAAGAGACGUGGCCUGACUACAGCGAGAGGGAAGAUCUUUUGCUGCUGCCAAAGUUUUUUGGUGAUUCAGUGGAUGAGUGGGGUCUGACAGAGGAAGAGAUUUUAGCGGAGGGAGACGGUUGGGUGCAGAAAUACAAAAUGGAUGUGCAGCAGGUGCAAAUGACUCGACAGCAUCAUAUUCAUCCGAAGGACAGGCAGGGAGAGAGGCAGCCACUCGCAGGGUGCAGGAAAAGUGAAAACAAGAGCCAGUGCCGUUCUGGAUACCCGUUGGAGUCGCAGUUGACAGAGGAAGAAGGUAGUGUGCCCUGGGGCGGCCGAGAAAUUCAAGUUAGCGACGUCAGGGAGAAGGAAUGCAUUAGGGAGUCUUUUUGGACCGCGAAGUUGCCCUUGGUUGAAUGGGAGCCAUCCAGCUUUGUUAGCGGCUGGCCGACAUAA